AUGAAAAAGAAUGUCGUUCGUUAGUAUGCGCACGCGUUCGGUUCGCGAGGAAGGGCGAAGUCACCGUGUUUUUUUUUUUUUCUUUUUUUUUUUUUUCUCCUCCCGAUGUCGCUGGUUGUGCAAUCCGAACUCAAAAAUGUGCAACACUCUGGCGAUUUAUACUAUAUUUAGAACAUUCAUAUGUAAUGGGCGUCACUGUACUUAAACUGUUUGCAAGCAAGGGCUUCGUCCGGUGCAACAUUUGAUUUGUUGUUUUUUCCCCAAGUCAAGAAAUGAAAAUAAGAGAAAGUAGGAGUUGAGGGCGUAGUAACAGUGACCCCGGCUGGAAAUGCACCGUGGUGCGAAGUGCGCGGUUGCACACUGGAUGCGUGGAGCUCGCGCUGAUUCCAGUACGAGUCGUGGUCUCGAGGACGCGAGAGCGACACAAAUGUGACGUGUCCCGUCCACAAAUGAGGACAAGUGGAUUCUUAGGUGAUUCUAUGCUGUACCGUUGCCCCAGUGUGUAGGAGGAGGGGGCAGUGUAAUCCCCCAGCCCCUAUUGUUCUUCACUUUAAUUUACCCUCACUUCCCACUCUAGAGCUUGUACACACUUCAUAGUGCUAGACAAACAAAGCAGUGGACUGUUGAAAUCGAGGGCUGUCGCACUUGUUCUUGUUGGCGGUUGGGGGUUUGGAGCACUCCGUCCGUCACCUCAGCAACUUCCAUCUUGCUUGAUGGUCCAACCAUGAGCUUGCCACCCCAGCAAAAGGCCAACGCGAAGAGGACUGGCAAGCGUAUCACAUUUUUCACUGAGCAAGGUGUGCCUAUGAAGGAACCCGUGCAGCACGUCUCUGGAUCCUACUACAGCCUAGGUGCACCUGCUUCAGAGCAGGUGCACGGUGAGAUGGCAGGCGGCGCAGGGCCCGCCUCAGAGGUGCGUGACAUGUACCUCAACUCGGUCAUCUUUAGCCCAGAGAAAGUGGAUCAGAGCCGAGGACACUACCAGGCAGCCAUGCAGAUGAAGUGGCCAGAGCAGGAUCAGGGCUGGCCUCAGGGAAUCCCCAGGACGUCUUGGGGGCAGAAUGUCAGCCCUUACCUCAGCAGCAUCACUGUGAAUGAUGCGAUGGGCCAGGUGACUUUCUCCAAGCAGGGUCAUGAGGUGGGUGCAAUGCAGCCCCCCCAAAGAGGUGCAGAGAAGCAGGCCAACCCCUCCCAGGCAUACAGGGACCCCACCAAGUCCAGGCUUAUGGACUGGGAGCCCCAGGCUGCCCAUAUGCAGCAUGCCCAGUUUCAGCCCUUCCAGCAAGGCCACAAGCCUGGUGUGCUGCACAACCAGACCCAUAAUGCCUCCCACCCAGCCAACUCUGUGCUGCAGCCCUUCCAACUGGCAUUUGGGCCACAAAAACAGCAGCACCCAUCAGCUGGCUAUUAUCAGGUAUACCCAAGCAACAGGACUGUGCCCAGUAUGAACUACAGCGGGCAUCCAAAGUCACAGCAACAACUCCAGCAGCUGAGGCAGCAGCAGUUGCACCAACAGCAGCAGCAGCAACAAAUGCAACAGCAGCAGCAGAUGCAGCAGCAGCAGAUACAACAAGUACAGCAUCAGCAGCAACAGAUGCAACAACAGCAACAAAUAAUGCAGCAGCACAACCAGCACUUCUUGGAUUACUACUCCAGCACACAAAAUCCACAGCAUCUCCAUCAGCAGUCUGCCAAGGCUUCGGAGCCUCAGGUUCCUCCGCAGGGUUCUUCCAUGAAUUUCCCCCCGGAUGACUUAGACCCCAGCACUCAUAGGCCUCCUCCGGGAUCCCAGCAACCCAUCGAUACCACACAGCCACUCCCCCGCAGGUCCCGCCGGCUUUCCAAGGAAGGUGUUCCCCCGUCAGGUGACAACCCCUUCCUGGCUCCCUGGAACCAGGCUGCCCAGGAGACGCAGGGCUCCCACAAUGGGGCACCUGAGGGGAAGGGAGCCCCUGUGAAAGAGGACACGCUAGCCGCGCCAACAGGCGUCAUUCAGAGCACGCGUCGGAAAAGGAGGGUCUCUCAGGAGGUCAACCUGGAGACCCUGGCCCAGAAGGCCUCCGAGAUGGAGUCCUUACCUUCACAUAUUACCAAGGAGGAGAAUCUCCGAGGUCCUGCUAUGGCUCUGUCUGGGGCCGGUCAGGGAGCUCCUGAAGGGGAAGGGCUGAGUGCCAAAAGGGCCCGUGUUGAAAACCUGGUACCACUAGUGAUCCCGGUGUCUGUGCCAGUGCAGCGGGCGGACCACGCUGCGGGUCCUGGUCCAAACCAAGUUGGUCAUUGGACCCAUCAGCAUCCUAGUAACCAGGACUCAGUCCACUUGGAACACAAGCCCUCUGUCAUCGUGACCCGACGGCGCUCACUCAGGAAUUCUCUGUCGGAGAACUCUUCUCAGGACGCAGCUGGAGAAGUAGGAAAGGAUGAUGACGGCAAGGCGGCGAAGCUGAAACGCAGACCACGCCCGGAGCCCCUCUUCAUCCCGCCCCCCAAGUCGGGCACAUUCAUUGCUCCGCCUGUCUAUCACAACAUCACGCCCUACCAGAGCCACCUGCGUUCCCCUGUGCGAAUGCCAGAAAACCCCCUGGCGAUGCCCCCCUACACGCCACCACCCAUCCUAAGCCCUGUGCGCGAGGGCUCCGGCCUCUACUUCUCCGCUAUCCUGUCUUCUGUUGCUGCCAGCAGUCAGGGUCUGCAGUUACCUGCUACGCCAAAGUCUGCCACCCGCAGCCUGCUGCGCACUAGCAGUUCAGAUACAACACCUCCCAUUCUGCCUGCAAUGGGGGAGGCGACACCUGUCAGCAUUGAACCACGGAUCAAUAUUGGGCAGCAGUACCAGGCAGAAGUGCCAGAACUUCUGGACCGCUCUAUUGCCCAGCAAGACCAGCAUCUGGCCGAUCUUGUGUGGAUGCCAAUCCCAGAGGUGGAGUUCACAUCUGCACAGCAGGAGCGCGUGAAUGACCUCAUGAAUUUGGCCUGUUCAAGUGCCCUGUGCGGGGGUGGGACCAAUCAGGAGUUGGCAAUGCACUGUCUGCACGAGUGCCAGGGGGACAUCCUGAAAGUCUUGGAGCUCUUGCUUCUGAAGGACCCAAUCUUCCCCAAAGCCCACACUCUGGGGGACUACCACUACUCAGGGUCAGACUGUUGGACCCCGGCAGAGAGGGGAUUCUUCAACAAGGGCAUUGCUGCCUACAAGAAGGACUUCUUCCUGGUCCAGAAACUGGUGCGCACAAAGACUGUGGCCCAAUGUGUCGAGUUCUACUACACUUACAAGAAGCAGGUGAAGCUCGGCCGCAACGGGGUGCUGAUAUACGGUGAGGCUGAUCUUCCUGAGCUAAGGGCCUCGGAUGUGGAGGUGGACAUUAAGAACUCCCAGCGAUAUGACACAUCCAAGGAAGACGAUGACCAUGUAAGGGAGGAGGGGUCAUGUGACGUCAAGCGCGAGGGCAGCCCAGCCAAGGCGACACAGCCACUGCAGGAGGAUGCAAGGAAAGAUGAGCUGCCUCCAGUUCGACAGCCCCCUCAACCACCGCCACCAGCUGCAGCUACACCCCCACGCCCUGAUGUGUCCGGGAGGAAGGGCGGAGCAACCCAGGCUGCCAAGGUGCAGCAGGACCAAGAAAGCAUCUUUCCCUGCAAGAAGUGUGGCAGGGUGUUCUACAAAGUGAAGAGCCGCAGUGCCCACAUGAAGAGCCAUGCAGAGCAGGAGAAGAAGGCAGCUGCGCUUCGUCAGAGAGAGGCAGAGGAGCGUGCGGCAAAGUUGGCAGCAGAAGCAGCAAAGGUCGAAGUGGCCGCACAGCAGAACGGGGCAAGGGACCGCGAUGGGAACAGCAGCAGUAAUGGCAGCAGCAGUGAAGAGUCUUCGGAAGAAGCAGAGGACGAAGCAGAUGAGGACUGGCAUUGAAGGAACCCCGACACGAUCGUGGUUUUCAGCUCGACGAAUCCCGCCGUCCCCUAUUGGAAAUUGUCUUUCUUACGAACAAGUGUGAGGACGGGUCUAGUCCUGGCGCCUUUGUGCUCUCAGUCUCUCUCUUCACCCCCUGAACUGAGUGUGUCCCUAGACUGGCAGUGUGGUGUACCUGCUGUUGGGGUAUCUCACCUCUGGGGGACUAUGCAGGGGGCAACAGCUGUUUGUCGGUCUCUCUCUUUCUCUCUCUCUCUCACUCUCUCACAAGCACUUUGGCACAGUCUCAGACCGGGAAUUGGAGGUAUGCGUUGUGUGAUCCCACCUCAGCCUAAAGGUAGAUGAGCGUACUGCAAAAAAAUGCGAGUACAGUGAUGUGUAGGGUUUGGCUGGGCAGAUUCCAGAAUGUUUUAAUUCUCUAGUGCUUCAUGAUGUCAGUUUUACUGUUUUUAUACCAUAUAUUUUAAAGACUGCAAAUAAUCCUGCACAACAGAAAUCAACCAAAACAAGGCCAAACAAGAGCUGUUUUAUAUUUUGGUUGUUUUUUUUUUUUUUUUUUUUCUUCCACUUUAGAGACUUUGGAUGUUUCUGAUGUUUUUAUAUUUACAAGACAAUCCACUUUACUCAAAGCUCUUUUGUAUUGGAAAAAAGUGCUAUUAUUGUUGUUAUUGUUGUCAUCUAUGCGCCAUUGUAAUGAUUCUUUUAAUGUAAAAUUUAAUGGUUCUCUUUCUUGUCUGGCUGUUGGGACUUGUAUAGAAACUGUGAUGAUGAAAUGGAUUUGUCUGGAAAUUAGAACAAACAAGGGUUUAAUGUAUGUGCAAUACUGUGUUGUCAACAGUCGUUACCGCCUGUGCUCUUUCCUCGCCUUAACUUCUUAACUAACGUUGCUAAGAUCAGUCACCCCUUCCUCCUAUGAAACAAUACUGACAAUCUAGAAAUCCCAAGCAGAUUUCUCAGGGUUUGCAUUUGUUUUCAAUCUAGGGUCAUAUAGGGUUUUAAGUAAGCAUUUUGUUUACAUCUGUGCUCAAAGGCAUCUCUAUUUCUAAACUAUGCAUAAAAUCUUUUCCCGUUUGCUUUUCACGUGUGCAUUUUUAGCUGAACUCCUUCCUUUCUGAAGCUAUGAACAACUGAGGAAAAUUGACUGCUAUUUUGUAUUUAAACUACGUUUGAUAUGAAUGCGUAGAUAUUUUACUUCAUGAACGCUAAGCUGAAAUGCUACUGGCAUCUUGUACAGAAUGUUUAAGGGAAUUGCAAAGCGAAGGUUUAUAUACAAAAAGUAUAUUAUAUAUAAUUGUAUAUCCACAUUUUCUAUAUUAUUUUGAUGAGGAACUAAGAUACACUAAAUGGAAAGAAUAUUGCGUGCUUUUGCUAUAGUAACUUAUUUGAUUUCUUAACAUGGAGUUUUUGAGUAUUGAUGACAAACUUUUGAUUAAAGUUCUUAACCCU